AUGUCUGUAAUUUAUAUCACCCACCACGAUGAAAACAUUCACAACAUCACGAAGACUCAAACGAUGCUCCACAAGAAAUCUCCAAGAUACAAAUCAAGGUAUCGGGAUAAGAGCCAGCAGUACCAUUUUUAUGCAAGGAAUCUUAAAAGCCACGCCACGAUGGGUUUGCCGGAAGGGGAACUUCCCGACCCAACGAACUUUUUGAAAAAGCGAACAGGCAAGCCGUCUUACACAACGAGUAAGGUGGAAAAACAACCAAAGCCAUGUCAAAAUAUGGUGCAAAAGGGGAAAACCCCUACGAGGAAAGAACUGGCAUUGCAAGACAAGGAAAUCAAACCGGAUAAGAAUUUUAUCAAAGAAAACGUUCGGGUUAUAUCCCAAAUGAAGCCGAAGGAGCCUGAGCAUAGAAUAGUUACCGACAAAAAUGGGAAUACUACAAAACCGGAGCUGUGCGGUUUGGAACCUGUUUACAUAAAACUACCGAUUUUUGGUCGCACUCCAAAUUAUCUUAUUCGAUUCAACAAGACUAAGGAGAAAGAGUAUCAAAUGAAAAAAGACAGAAGCGGUACCGAACAGCCGAAGUGUAGAUACAUUACUAGAGAUGAGCGAGAGAAGUUAUUGAAUGGAUUGAAACAAAACUGGGAGGAGUUGCAAAAACAAUACCAGGGAUUGCCUAUUUUAACAGAUACCAUACCGAAGAAAAUUAGAAAAUCUAAACUGGAAGCAGACUUAAAACAACUUGAAAAAGACAUAGUCUUGGUCGAGAGACACCCAUACAUUUAUGUUUAUAACGAUUCGGAAUUUUCUUGAGUAAAUGACACCUAUUCUACUCA